UACUGGAACGAUUAUUUAGGUGAUAAGAGUUGACUAAAGUCUUGACAGGUGGAGGGUCCAUAGUCUCUCAUUUUGCAUAUAAAUAUGAUGGGAUCAUGAGCUCCUCGUUAUCUCAGUAUCUCUCUCAAAAGCCAAAUUAACAUUUUAGAUUUCUUCAAAGUUUCGAAGAGAAGAUGUCUUGCUGUGGAGGAAACUGUAGCUGCGGAUCUGACUGCAAGUGUGAUGGCUGCAAAGGUUGCAAGAUGUACCCAGACUUGGGCUUCUCAGGGGAGACUACCACCACCCAGACUCUUGUCCUCGGCGUUGCUCCGUCGAUGAACUCUCAGUAUGAGGCUUCUGGCGAGACUUUCUUCGCCGAGAAUGAUGGAUGCAAGUGCGGAUCUGACUGCAAGUGCGACAACCCUUGCACUUGUAAAUGAACAACCCCAAUAAACCCAAACUCUUGUUAUGUUUGCUAAUAUGUAAUAAUGACUUAUUUCGCCGGUUGUUUGGCUGGCUAUGUGAGUCCUGUUGUUUUUCGUCUUCUUCUGUGUGUGUUUAAGGUUUGGUCAUAAGAUAUUAUCUCUGCAUGUUGUAUCUGUGUGACUAUAUAUGAUUCGAAAGUGUUAUGGGGUUUGUGAUUGAAGUUUCAGUCAUAUCUUUUUAAGGUUGCUUCA